GACUUGCCUUUCUUCUGAAACACGGCUACAGAGUUAAAAACACAAGCCCCAUGAAUAACAACGCAGCCGUGGGACGCCGCUUUCUCUCAGCCUCCCCGCCGCAGGAAAAGAUCCACUUCCUCCCCGGAAAACGCGACCGGAAGGGGUGGGCUUUCCAUCUGGACCAGGCGCGUCUGCCACCAUGGCUUUACGCGGGGUUGUUGGCAUUUUCUUCCUCUCUGCUGUCCCCCUUGUGUGUCUGGAGCUCCGGCGUGGGAUCCCAGAUAUAGGUAAGUGUUGGCUUUUUCCCUUCGACAGUCACAGCUGGUCAUUUUCACAGGAAUGUUGCAUAGAAUGACCGCCUCUCCGGCUGCGUCGCUUCGGAGGGGCUUUGACUACAACUCCCAGACUGCAUCGCCCGUGCCUCCCACUUCCGGUGCUGACUCCACUUCGCGGAACCAUUUCCCUACAGGAAUCAAGGAUUUUCUUUUGUUUUGUGGCCGGAUUUUUUUACUGCUUGCUCUUCUUACUUUAAUUAUUUCUGUGACUACCUCAUGGCUUAACUCAUUCAAAUCUUCCCAACUUCAUAUGAAGGAAGAGGAAGAGAAGAAUGAGAAAAGACAAAAACUUGUGAGAAAAAAACAACAAGAGACACAAGGAGAGAAGGUCAGCAGAUACAUAGAGAACGUUUUAAAACCUCACCAGGAAAUGAAGUUGAAAAAACUGGAGGAGCGCUUUUAUCAGAUGACGGGUGAAGCCUGGAAAUUAAGCAGUGGUCACAAACUUGGGGGUGAUGAAAGUACAAGUCAGACAUCUUUUGAAACAUCAAACAGAGAAACAGCAAGGAGCCAGAACUUGCCCAAACCUUUCACUGAAUUCUCAUUGCCUGCUGAACAGCCCACACGGAAGGAGAUUCCUGAUUUACCUGAAGAACCUACUGUAACAGCAGAAGAAGUAGUUACAGUUGCUCUCCGAUGUCCCAGUGGGAGUGUCCUGAGGAGAAGGUUUUUGAAGUCCUGCAGCUCACAGGUCUUAUUUGACUGGAUGAUGAGAAUUGGGUACCACACAUCUCUAUACAGCCUUUCUACUUCCUUUCCCAGACGGCCUUUGGCUGUGGAGGGAGGCCAGUCUCUGGAGGACAUUGGAAUAACUGUGGACACUGUACUCAUCCUGGAAGAGAAGGAGCAGAGCAACUAGGGAAGAAGAGCGAGCUCCCUGUUCUGCAUGAACUCAGCUGUGCCAUGACCUUCUGACACAAUAAAGGCUUCACGUUGAAAAUCACACUAUACCUCGAUUGAGCUCAUGGCAGUAAACACUUGAAUGCUGCUAUCUGUGGGAAUAGGAUUGGAAAAUGAUUGCUUUCUGCAUAUAAUAAUGUGUGGACUGUGCCAUUUUAUAAUGUCCCAAAUGAGAAUGAGGUAAAAAUAUAUACAGUUAGGUACUCAGUAAUUAAUAUUUUCCCAGCUGACAUUUCUCAGUGUGUUAGAAAACAAAGCUGUAGAACUUUGCUUUCUGCCUCUUCAAUCCAUCUUUCCACCCAAUGAAUAUUUCAUGAUUUAGUCAAAUCCUUCAGAGUCUUAGCAGGAAUGUUUAUUCUGCUGUAUUUCUGUGAAAUUACAAACUUGAAAGAAGUUUCAAAGCUCUUGAAGGCUUUAAAAUUCUUUCUGAUGGGUAUGCAUUGCAGUUGAUUAACUCAUGUUUGCAACUUAUAUACUUUUUUUCUUGUAUUAAUUGUAACAUUUACAAAGUUCCAAAUGAAUCACUAUUUUUAAAAAUAAAACUAUGAAAGCAUUAAAACUUAGGCGAAUUUU